AUGUCGAGCAAGAACACUACGGUUCCGACUAUUCACACUAUCCGCGUGCCACCGCUGAAGGUGCAGAAGAUCGAGUUCUGGUUCACUUUAUUCGAGAGACAGCUCGCGGCUGCUGGCAUCAAGGAUGACAAAGAAAAAGCCAACGCCCUGCUAGGGUGCCUCGAACUAGAGCAUUUAGAAGAAGUAGAGGACAUCAUAUUGAAUCCCCCAGACGUCGGGCAAUAUAUUCGGCUAAAAAACGAGUUAAUACGGAGUUUGGUGGAGUCCGAAAGCCAACGGGCAAGAAUUCGGCUAGAAAUCGAAAUUAUGGGAGACAGGAAGCCGUCCGAAUUCUACAACGAUCUGAAGAUUCUCGCAGGUCGCUUCGUGCCGGAGCAGUUUGUUUUCACAAUCUGGAAAAACCGGCUACCCGAUCGCAUAUGGCGCGUUUUGUCGGUGAUACAGGACCUAGCAGUUGAAAAACUAAUUCAGGUCGCGGAUAGGAUAGAGGAAGUCAGUAGUGGAAAUUAUCAGAGCACGUCCGGCAUUUCACCCUCUAGGACAUAG